AUGAUUGCAAGCUGCAUGGGCAAGCUGCAUGCCUUCUCUCAGGUCCUGGAUUCUGGAGGGGAGAUGGGAGAGGUGGUACACAAUGAAUUGUUGGAUUUGGACUCCAAGGGUGUAAGCCAAGUGGAAAAAGGCACCAGAGAUGGGUCUUUUCGGAAUGAUGGUUUGAAAGCUUCUGAUGUCCUUCCUAUCCUAAAGGAAAAAGUGGCCUUCGUUUCUGGGGGUCGUGAUAAACGAGGUGGACCCAUCCUUACCUUCCCUGCUCGCAGCAAUCAUGACAGAAUAAGACAGGAAGAUCUACGGAAACUUGUGACGUAUUUGGCCAGUGUGCCAAGUGAGGACGUGUGCAAACGUGGCUUCACCGUCAUCAUCGACAUGCGGGGCUCCAAGUGGGACCUCAUUAAGCCCCUCCUCAAAACGCUGCAGGAAGCCUUUCCAGCUGAGAUCCAUGUGGCCCUCAUCAUCAAACCCGACAACUUCUGGCAGAAACAGAAGACCAACUUUGGCAGCUCCAAGUUCAUCUUUGAGACGAGCAUGGUGUCUGUGGAGGGCCUCUCAAAGCUGGUGGACCCCUCCCAGCUGACAGAAGAGUUUGACGGCUCCCUGGACUACAACCAUGAGGAGUGGAUCGAGCUGCGGCUUUCCCUGGAGGAGUUCUUUAACAGUGCUGUGCACCUGCUCUCACGCCUCGAGGACCUGCAGGAGAUGCUGGCCAGGAAAGAGUUCCCUGUGGAUGUAGAGGGCUCUCGGCGGCUUAUUGAUGAGCACACACAGCUCAAGAAAAAGGUGCUGAAGGCCCCUGUGGAGGAGCUGGACCGAGAGGGGCAGCGACUAUUGCAGUGCAUCCGCUGCAGCGAUGGCUUCUCAGGGCGCAAUUGCAUCCCGGGCAGCGCUGACUUCCAGAGCCUAGUGCCCAAGAUCACCAGCCUCCUGGACAAGCUGCACUCCACCCGGCAGCACCUUCACCAGAUGUGGCAUGUGCGCAAGCUCAAGCUGGACCAGUGCUUUCAGCUGCGGCUCUUCGAGCAGGAUGCUGAAAAG